UACUUUGGGAAGAAAAAAAAAAGUGAAAUGGCUGGAAACCUCUCUUAAAAAAACUUUGCUAGCUAGCUUAGCUCAACCAUUGGAGAACUCCCAAAGAGCGCAAUAUCAAUAUGGCACUUUGGAUUUGGGCAACAAUUGGGGUACUUGCCCUUGUUCGCAUCGUGCAAGCAUGCAUAUCAAAAAGCAAGAACAAGAUGUUACCUCCUGGUCCGAGAGGGUUUCCUAUUUUUGGCAGCCUCCAUUUGUUAGGGAAGUUCCCUACCAUGGAUCUUCGUCAACUAGCCCAGAAAUACGGUGACAUCAUGUACUUGAGGUUAGGCCUCCAGUAUACCGUCGUUGUCUCUUCCGCACGAGCGGCCGAGCUGUUCCUCAAAACACACGACCUUAAUUUCGCAAGUAGACCACCUAAUGAAGGUGCAAAGCACCUCAUCUUUGGGCAAAAAAGCUUGAGCUUUGCUGAGUAUGGCUCGUAUUGGACCAACAUGCGAAAGAUUUGCAUGCUCGAAUUACUUAGCAACCAAAAGAUCAACUCUUUCAAGUCCAUGAGGAGAGAAGAGGUUGCUCUCUUGAUAAAAUCUGUUCAAGAGGACACCAAUAAUCGACGCAUUGCUAAUCUCACUGACAAGGUCAUGUCGCUCGGGAUUGACAUGACCUGCCGGAUGGUGUUUGGGAAGAAGUACAAGGACGAGGAGUUUGGCGGGAGGGGUAUCGUGUCUGUGAUGAAAGAGGGUUUGAAACUAGCAGCAGCACCUAACUUGGGAGAUUUCUUUCCUUGUAUUGCACCGCUUGACCUGCAAGGGCUCACCAAAAAAAUGAAGGCUGUUAACAAGGUGUUUGAUGAUUUUUACGAGAAGAUUAUUGACAAGCAUCUUCAAUCCAAGGAUGCAGAAAGAACGAAGGACUUUACUGAUGCCAUGCUGUCAUACAUGGGGUCUGAAGAAUCGGACUACCGAAUUGAACGCUUGAAUAUCAAAGCCAUGAUGUCGGACAUGUUAGUGGCCUCAGCGGACACAUCAUCAACAACAGUCCUGUGGGUGCUCUCGGAACUCAUGAGGCAUCCACAGGUUAUGAAGAAAGUCCAAAAGGAGUUAGAAAAUGUUGUAGGUCUGAAUAGAAUGGUGGAGGAAUCAGACACGGAGAAAUUGGAGUAUUUGGAUAUGGUAGUGAAGGAAACCAUGAGGCUACAUCCUGUGUUACCAUUGUUGCUUCCUCAUGCAGCCAUCGAAGAUUGCACUGUCGAUGGCUACCACAUACCGAAAAAGUCAAGCGUUAUCGUAAACGUGUGGGCAAUCGGGAGAGACCCAAUCGCUUGGGGAGAUGCAGAGAAGUUCGUACCAGAGAGGUUUGAGGAUAGCAAUGUUGAUGUUAGAGGACACCACUUUCAGAUUCUACCGUUUGGCUCUGGCAGAAGACGUUGCAUUGGAAUGCAGUUAGGGAUUACUGUGGUACACUUUGUGUCGGCUCAGCUUGUGCAUUGUUUUGAUUGGGAACUUCCAGAUAACAUGUUGCCAAAUGAGUUGGAUAUGACUGAGGAGUUUGGUCUUGCAGUUUCAAGGGCCAAGAAUCUGCUCGCUAUUCCUUCGUAUCGCCUUCAGAAUUGAUCAUGGAUGUUGUGGACUAGCUAUCUUUUCUGUUUUUUUUUGUUUUUUUUUCUACUGUCUUACAUUUGUUUUCUUCACUUGUUGAGGAGAACAAAUAAUGGUGAAAAUUAAAUAAAUUUGUGUGAAAUUUUCAAUAA